CGCUUCCUGCAAACGAAGGGUCGACUGGCUUCCACUGAGAGGAUCCAGCUGUCACUCACCGAGCUCCCCGAUCAACCAAUAAAGAUUCGGGCUGCGUGCGGCCCGAAUAAACACACGCUGGUUGCGGGCGGACCUCCAGGUGAUCAACAGAUCUGCAAUUGUGCACCACUCCUGCGAGGAAGAGCAGGAUGAGGGACCCGAAACGCAUCGCCGGAGCCAACAGGCAUGUCAGCCACUGACAUAUUUAUCGCUCAAUUCCCGAGCCAGGCAGCCACAGAGAUGUGAAGAAACGAGCGCCCGAGAUUCGCUUCUAAAUCGGCCGAUUCAGCUGAAGGAAGGCUCCAACCGUGCCAAAAUGACCAGGCUAUUGUCUCGCAUCGUUGUAACGGAACGGGCCCGCAGGAAUCUUGGCACCGGUUUUACGCAGCAGACCACAUAGUUUAAUCGACGUUCUGCUCGACUGAGGAGCGAGCACAUGGACAAAGACUGCCUGCACAAGUCUGGUAGUGAUGCUGUGAGGUGAACAUUAAAAAGCCAUCAGAGAAACCUUCUGCUGGUUCCUCCCGAGAAGAAAAAGAAUAAGGAAAAAAUCAACUGCGGGACCUCGGCAAGUCCAUAACGACCUUCCCUCAGUCCCCAAACAAAGGAUCGUCUUAUAGCUUAAAGCAUCUUCACAGACUCGCAUAGCGGUCAGAGCUAAUAGAUGUCAGCUGAGGAUACAAGUAUGUAAAGAGGACCGAGUGAGCUGAGGAGACUGAGAUGGGGGGUCUCACGUUGAAGAAGGACACAGGAGCUGCAACUUGGGAGAGGACAAGAAGUCUGUGAGCAAGUGAGAGAGGGACACUGUCUGCCCCACUGUCCAGUGACACCAUGAGCUGGAGCUUCCUCACACGGCUGCUGGAGGAGAUCCACAACCACUCCACCUUCGUGGGGAAGCUGUGGCUCACCGUGCUCAUCGUCUUCCGCAUUGUUCUCACUGCCGUUGGGGGAGAGUCCAUCUACUACGAUGAGCAGAGCAAGUUUGUCUGCAACUCAGGCCAACCGGGAUGCGAGAACGUGUGCUACGACGCCUUCGCUCCAUUAUCUCACGUCCGCUUCUGGGUAUUCCAGAUCAUUUUGGUGGCGAUGCCUUCCCUUAUGUACAUGGGCUAUGCUGUCAAUAAGAUUGCACGAUUGGACGAAGCAAAAGGAGGCGGUGGAUCUGCUGCUGUCAGAGCAGGAGGAGGCGGCUACACCCACAGAAAACCCAGGAAAAUUUGCUUUGGAGCCCGGCAGCACAGAGACAUAGAAGAAACCGAGGAGGACCAAGAGGAUGAUCCUAUGAUCUAUGAGGUCCCAGAGAUUGAACCACCAAAAAGGCCUCGAGAUCCUCUGCAGCCCACACCCAGACCUAAAAUCCGCCAUGACGGGCGUAAGCGUAUCCGAGAUGAGGGCCUGAUGCGGGUCUACGUUUUACAGCUGGUGACUCGAACAGUGCUGGAGGCAAGCUUCCUUGCAGGCCAGUAUUUGCUCUAUGGUUUUCGUGUGAAGCCAGUUUUUGUGUGCUCUGGAAAACCUUGCCCCCACAGUGUUGACUGUUUUGUGUCAAGACCUACAGAGAAAACCAUCUUCCUACGUAUCAUGUAUGGUGUCACUGUCCUCUGCCUCACUCUCAAUGUUUGGGAAAUGCUCCAUUUAGGCAUCGGUUCUAUCUGUGACAUUCUGCGGCGCCGGCGAAGCCCACCUCAGGAUGAUGAGUACCAGCUGGGCUUGCUGGGCACUAAUGGUGGUGGGGAGGGCUCUGUGGGAGGUACAGCUCCUGAGGUAGGUUCUGAGGGUGGGGUGGGUGGAGAUGGUGCUGCAGAUUACGUUGGGUACCCAUUCUCCUGGAACACCCCGUCAGCUCCACCGGGGUACAACAUUGUUGUAAAGCCAGAACAGAUGCCGUACACGGACCUUAGCAAUGCUAAGAUGGCAUGCAAGCAGAACAGGGCAAACAUUGCCCAAGAGGAACAACAGCAGUUUGGCAGCAACGAGGACAAUUUCCCUACUGGAGGAGAAGCUCGUGUGGCUCUCAACAAAGACAUGAUCCAGCAGGCUCACGAGCAACUGGAAGCAGCCAUCCAAGCCUACAGUCAGCAGCACCGGGCAGAGGAGCAUCUUGGAGACAACCAGGACGACAAGCCGCAAAGUAACAUAAUCCAAGCCCAACCACAGCCCCAGCUUCAGCCUCAGAGAGAGCGCAAACACAGAGUGAAGCACGGCAAAGGGGGCAGCAGCGGAGGAGGCAGCAGCAGCAACAGCAGCAGCAGCAAAUCAGGAGAGGGCAAGCCCUCAGUAUGGAUUUAAGCCCACACACAGUGGCAUGCAUUGUUAGCAUGUAUGUAAUGCUAAUGGAUGAGGAGCUGUUGCAAGCUGUGUUGUAUAGUACACCAUACAUGCCUUAAAGAAUCCUGCAAGCUGGAGAUUAAUGUGUUUUUAUAGAGCUGGGUAAAAAAGUGUGAUGUUGCAGCUGACAGAUUGCAUGGUCAACACUAUCUCUGUCUAGCUAGAAGAACCAUAUAAACUGUUAUGUUCUUUACGCCUCGUUCUAGUCACAUCUGAAAAAGGAAAAUGUUUCUUCCUGCUUCCUUGUUUAUGGGAAAUUCAGCUUCAUAAAACCUUUGAUUCUUCCAAGUUGUCUUGGAAUUAGAAAGAUCCUGGAUUUUGACUUAAUACAUUCUAAGUCUCGAGGCAACAAAACACAAGAUGAUCCACCAUCUCUAUGUCUUGUUAUGUACAAUGUCUAGCAAACCAAAGCUUUGACUUAAGGUUAUGAUAAUUAAGGUAAAUUAUAAAAAUGUACAUAAACAUGGUUAAGGGGCAUUGCCUGAAGCGGUGACUGUUUACUAAAGCAAGAACAUGACCUACCUAAAGUCUUGUCAGUUGUCUUCUUUUUCUCCAUUCUCAAUACCAUUUUUUCACUGUGUUUUUUUGCUAUACUUUUGAAUUGAACUGUGUGUUCGUUUUAUGGGAAUUUUUAAUCAAAGUGCUACACCAGCUCCUACUCAGGUGCCGCUGAGUACAGCUGGUGGAUCUUACAUCUCAUAAGAGUUUUUUUUAAACCUGAUGCAGAAGCAAUUCAGCUUUUAUACGUUAAAUCUUCAAGUUCCUAGUGCUAUUCUUGGCUUUUCAUGGAGUAGACAGUGUUUCUCUGCUGCUCUAUUUGCCUUGUAGCUGACUGCCCUCUGGUGGUGAUUUUCUAUUGGGCAUUUACUCUCAUUUCACUUACUAUGAAGUAGAUGCAAAUACUACCUAUAUCCAGCAACACCUUAACCAGCUCUAGUGGUCCUUUUUCUAUUGACAAGACUUGUGUCACUUAUGUCUUCCCAGUACUUCAUGUUCAUUGUUGGACGCACAAGUCUUCACAUCGUAAUGGAACGAGUGCAAAGCCAUUACUUUAAUAUAGUGAGACCAAACACUGUUUGCGUGAUGCAAGUGUCAGUGCCAAGAUUUUACACUAGGCUGCUAUGAAGCUUGGUUGUUUGUAGCUUUGGAAUACUUUGGCCAUGCUACUCCAGCCAUGGAACUACUUCUGUGUCAGACCAACCCUUUUGUAAAACUCCUUUUUUUAGAAGUAUAAUAUGUGUAUUGCUUGUUUGAAAUGGGACUUGAAAUGAAAAGCCAGUGUUUUAUAUGAAAACAUUUUGCUUUUUGGAAUGAAGUUCUUUUUUGUAUGAAUAAAGAAAAAAAGAUCAAUGAUUACCUUUGUGGAUAUUUAUGGUUAUUGUGAUUGAAUUGCCUUCCAACUGUAAAAAUGUGAAAUAUGACAUAAUAUAUUUUUAUAACAUGUCAACUGCAAUGACUAAAGAAAAAAAAGAGUCAUUUGUUUUCUUGUGUGGUGCAGUAUCAGUAUGUAAUGUAUUUAGCAACCGUCUGGACUGACUUUUAAUAAACAGUGUUACUCCUUUUUCAA